AUGGAGCAACCCGCAUACUCGUACAACCGCUUCCCGGGCCACGAUGAUUCAGAUGCGUACGAGCGACAUCAACCCCAUCCCAGCCUCAGCUCGCACCAGAGCUACCCGAGUCUGAAAAGGACGUUUUCGCAGACUGAGCAGCCACCGUAUCAGGACAUGGUCCAGGAAAUUAGGGAUGACAACUCCAAGCUGUCGGUCAACCACGACCACAAGCUCCUCUCCUUCAAGAGGACGCAGGACAAGAUGACCAUUGUGGAUCAACACGGCAGAAUCCAGCAGCUUGAGCUGUCUGCCCAACUCCACGGCAUGUUUUUCCUUUCUGAGAUGCCCUCGAGCAGCAGCGACGGAACUCUCCUCCAACCCGAACUCACCUGCUACCGCCGAAAUUUGUUCCAGAUCAGCGGCUCUCUAAUCACGCCUCGCGGCCAGCUUUCCGUUGUUAAUGAGGCCGGAGAAACUGUGCCUGUCAAUAACGUCGAAGUCACCAUCUCUGCCAUCGAAUCCGUCGAUGGAAACCCGGACGGUUCCGAGGCCGAUGGAGAGUACGCAGUAUACCCGAUUGGCUGGAGGCGGUUGCAAUUUAGAAUAGCAACGGCGAACAAUGGUAGGAGAAAGGAGCUGCAGCAACACUUUGUUCUCCAUCUGAAAGUGAUGGGAACUCUUUCAAACGGUAGUAAGGCUGUUCUGGCCGAGUCGACGACGGCCCCGAUUAUGCCGGGGAGCCAGAUGGGCAUGCGAUCCAACUCUUACCCUUCGUGGAACCCACCUGCCCAUAUGCCGCAGAUUCCGGUUUCCGGACCAAGCAACUACUCGUCGACCACGAUCGGAUCAGAGCCGUACGCCAAGGUCCCCUUGUCUGGCGGCAACAACUAUACGGCGGAGCCCCAGGAGAUGCCACUCCAGACGUCGAUGCCGUCUGUUCAGCUUUCGCUGGCCAGUAGCGAUUCGCAACCUGCGAUCCGAACCCAGUAUGCCUACGCUCCCUCAACCACGGCGCCACCUCCCCAACUGUCAAUCCCCUCCCAAGGAGGCGACAAUUCUUUGAGCGUACCGCGCUACGUAGAUAGCAACCCCCGGCCCUCCAAGUCUCCCCGUCACGCAAACCACGGAAGCGUUCACAGCGCGGGCUCCCUAUCGAACAAUGACAGUGCCGGCGAGUACCGCUACGCCAACUCAUAUCACGACGUGGCCCUCAACAACAGCAACACCAACUCUUCCGGUGAGAUGACGAGCUCGUACGCGACGGAACCGAAUCCGCCCCCACCCCGGGACUACUACCCUCCUUCCAACACGUGGACCAGCACCGCGGGAGGGCCGAACUCGACGGUUUCGUACACGACAGGCGAGGCAAGAACAUACACAUAUCCGGAACCCUAUAAGGGUGGAAACACAAGUGGUUCCGCGGCGCCACCGCCUCCACCAUCCCGCGUCAAUACGACGCCCGCAGCCACCAACGCGCCGGUAUAUGGGAGUGGCCUGAACCAUUACUCUUGGAGUACCAACUAA